AUGCCACCGACUGCAUCUGUACCCACGGUCUACGACACGCAUUGCGACGGCGCCGGUCUGCUCCCCGUCACCAAACCAUGGUCUGAAUCCUACUGUCAGCUUCGCAAGUACACCAGCGACAUCUAUGCCACCCUCCCCUUCCCUGACCACAGCCUUCCCGACUACGACUGUACCGGCAAAACCGUCAUCAUCUCCGGUUCCAACUCUGGAAUCGGCAAGCAGGCCGCACUCUACUUCGCUCGAGCCGGAGCAACCGUCAUCCUCGCAUGUCGACUCACUGCCACCCACGAACAGAACCCUGAAGAGACUCGUGCCGAAAUCGUCUCUACUGCCGGUGUAGCAGACUCCAAAGUCGAGCUUUGGGAGAUCGACUGUUCCUCUCUCGCAAACAUUGAGAGGUUCGGCAAGAAGUGGCAGCAAUCGGGUCGCACUCUCGACAUCCUGGUCAACAAUGCAGGACUCUCAGCUGGUCAAAGGAGGAUUACGGAGGAAGGGUUUGAGCUGACCCACGUGAUCAACUUUCUCAGCCACUGUCUGCUGACGUUCUAUCUCUUGCCGAGCAUGAAGAAGAGCUCGGCGCCGAGGGUGAUCAACACCUGUUCGAUCUUCCACAACGGCGGGAAGUUAGAUUUCGCCAACAUGGACAACGAGAAAAGGACGCCGAUGGGACCAGGAUGCGUUCAGGCGUACUGCGAUUCCAAGCUGUGGUUCUUGAUGUGGUCUGUCGAACUGCAGGAUCGUCUCUCCCGCUCCGACGACUACCGACACGUCAUCGUACACGGCAUCCACCCGGGCUUCGUUGGAUCCAAUGUGUGGCACAACCCAGACACAAAGACGUCAUACCUAGCCCGACUUCUCCUCAACACCAUCGUCAAUCGCUUCGCAAUCGACACAAAACAGGGCAGCUAUGCGAUCAUCCACGCAGCGCUCGAACCGAGCCUCGGCUUGCCCUCCAAGCUCACCAAAGGCGGCAACAAACCGGCUGUCGGCGAGAGCGCCAAGUUCGGAGGCAAGUUCGUCAACCGCAACAUCGUCGAUAUCCGAAGGCCAGAGGUGGACGACGUCCUGGCGAGAAGCAGGUUGUGGCAGAGAGUGCUGGAGGACGUGGCUGCGGCCAAGCGUGGUGUGGCGGCUGAUCUGCCCGAUCACUUUGACAGUGUCAAGGCGCUCGGCAAGUCCACCAAGUAG